GUUAUUGGUCAUUCAUUUGUACAUAGGUUAGAAUCAUUUCUUUUCAAAGAAAGAGCAUUGGGUUGGUAUAAUAUGGGAUUUGAUGGAACUGAGAUACAGGUUGAAUUUGCGAGUUUGAGUGGCGGAACUUUGAGGCCUGGGCCGAAAUGCAUCCAGUCACGAAAAUUCAUGGAAGUGUUUCACUCCUUUCAACCGCACUCAGUUUUUAUUCAGAUUGGUGGAAAUGAUCUAACGCACGAAGAUCAACCAGAGCGGUUGGCUCGUGACAUUAGAUCAUUUGCAGAAUUCUUGAUUACCGCUUAUGAAAUUAAUCAUAUUGUGGUUGGUCAAUUGUUACCGAGGUAUUCCGAACGUUCGGGACCUAGGUACAAUGACAAGGUCGUUGAAGUGACUAAACAUCUCAGUUAUUGUUAGAAUGUGAUAAUGUUACUUUGUGGAAACAUCGAGGUUUGUGGAAGGAUACAGCUUCUCUUUUGUGUGAUAAAGUUCACCUUAAUGAUGCAGUAUUCAAGAUGCCCAAACAGAAGAAAAAAGGUUCAACCAAAGUGUCAGAACCAGUGGCUCCUGGAAGAAGGGGGAGGAAUGCCAGCAGAGCCAAAGCACCCAAUGCCGAGAGCCCAGCUGUAGAGGCCCCAAAAAUCCCAACUGCUGAUGAAAUUGCUACAGCAUUAAUCGCCAAUCUGAGCGGAAGACAGGACACAACCCUUUCAUCCCUAAUAACUCAAUUGAGGGGGAACCAAUCCACAGAUGGACAAGUGACACAGGGUCAAGCCGAACACAUGACAGUUGAUGAUGCAACCUCUUCUCAACCCUCAUCGGUAAACGGAGCCUCAUCAGCCUUAGGAAGCACAUCGCAUGGCUCCCUGGUUAAACAAAAAUCCAGUAAUGGUUCCACAACAUCUCUUGACACUGUAACAAACAAGCUUCUGCAGGCAUCACUAUCAAACUCCACAAGAGCUUCUUAUCAACGCAUGCUCAACUGCUAUGAACAAUUCUGUCAGGAACAUUUCCCACAGUCAUCUCUGUUGCCUUCUACUCACAUUAUGAUUGCUCAUUUUAUUUCUUACUUAUUCAUGAAAAAUUAUCAACCCUCUACAAUUGCAUCUUAUGUGUCAGCGAUCAGUUACAUGCACAAAAUUAAUUUCAAACAGGACCCAACAGAUUCAUUCUUUGUUAAAAAAGUUUUAAAAGGAGUACAAAAUCUUAGGGGAUCCUAUGAUAGCCGAUUGCCAAUUACAAAGGAAAUUCUUUCCAAACUUAUUUCAGCAACAGAGUUUGUCAUUCAUGGCCGGUACAAUCAAUUAUUGUUAAAGUCAAUGAUGUCUUUGGCUUUCUACUGUUUUUUAAGAGUUGGGGAAAUGGCACUAAAAUCUAGCUCUGAUAGGAAUAAGGUUCUGCAGUUGUCAGAUCUGAAGUUUGAUUAUUCUAUGCAAAUUGCAACAGGAAUGACAGUAAAAAUGCAAUACUACAAACACAGCAAUUCUCAGACAAAAACAAUAUUUAUCCCCAUAAAUUGUAACAAUCAGAUGUGUCCAGUCAAAGCUAUGCUUAAUUACUUAAACAUUGCAAAACACAAUACAGGACCUUUGUUUCAAUUUACAUGUGGUACACCAGUAUCAUAUGCAUAUUUUAAUUCAUCCCUCAAGUCUCUUUUGAAUUUCAUAGGAUUAAGUGCACAGUUAUACAAAGGUCACAGUUUCAGAAUAGGUGCAGCAACAAGUGCUGCAGCUGAAGGCACUGCCCUUCCGGUCAUUCAGCAAAUGGGGAGAUGGAAAUCUAAUGCAUUCAAAAACUACAUUCGAAUGAACAAUUUCUAAUAAAAAUAAUCCAUAGUAAGGUUAUAGGCUUGUCAGAGGUCAACAUGGAUUGUCCUGACAUAUGUUAUAAGAUGUAGAGGUCAACAAGGCUUGCUCUAAAAUUUAUGCUAUUCUUUACUAAAUAGAGGACAACAAGGCUUGCUCUAUAGAUAUUUUUAGGUACUAGGUAGAGGUCAACAAGGCUUGCUCUAUACAUGUACUUAUUUUUUAUAUACUAGUCAAAGUUAAUAAGGCUUGCUCUAUACAUAUUUAUAAAUAUACUACUAUUGAUAAAAAAUCUUCUUUUAAUAUUUUAUCAAAAUUUUAAAAUAUAACUUUAGGUGGCCUGACUUUUCCCUAAGGUACAAUGUCAUCACAAUAGAGGUCAACAAGGCUUGCUCUAUUUUUAAUGAUUAGUUAGUUACAAAAAUUCUGCCCAUCACUUUGCGUGCCUUACACAUUUAUUGAAAAUUUCUGUAUAUAAUAGGUAGUGUAUUGUAUAUUUUGGUCAUUUACACAUGUGAAUUGUUAUUUUGUUUUCUUUUUCUUUUUUGUUUUUAUUCCUGAUCUCCAUUGAGUCUUCGGGUGGGGUCCCUCAAGCUUAUUCACUUUCGGUCUUGGCGGUUUUUUAACCCCACCUUUGCAAAUUUAUUGUCAUUUAUUCAAUUAUUUUUGGUUAAUCAAUGUUUGACAUUAAUUUCAUCAUUUGAUCAAAUAUAUUUUAUGAUAAAUUGAAUAAAUGACCUUUCUCACAAACAGAAGUUGUUCUGUCUUUCAUUGCAAAUGAACUCAGACUCACUGGAGAACAUAACUGGUUUGUUUCAUGUUGAAAAAUAAAUGGUAUUUUAUGGAAACAUGAUAUGGAAUGAAAUUUAAAGUUUUCAAGUUAUUGGAAAAAUUUGGGUGACAAAAAACCUAUUUUAUUGUAAAUAAAAACAUUUUUGGCAGCAAAUUUUGUAAUAAGAUACUGUUGUUAUAAUUAUAUACUCAUCAUUGAUAACAUAAAUGAUUAAGGUCUUUAGAUUAGCCACCAGACAUGUAGGUGGGGGGCAUCAUUUAUUGUUGGCAUCUGGUGAAUAAUUACAUGUCAACAGAUGGAAUUUGCAACCUGGCAUUGCAGGGUCACUGUGUAUGCAAUAGCCAUCUUGAUUAAUCCAAUUAGCUAAUUAGCCAAUCAGAUUGAAGGAACCUAUACUGAAAUCUUAUCUUGGUCAGAGGUAUCUCAAUUAUUCACUUUUUUGUUUUAAGAGCUGCUGGACGCACCUAAAUCUUAACAAGAAUUCAAUUUACCCACCCACCAUCACCCGAAAAAUUUAUUUAUAUAAAAUCGGUUGUCAUAAAUUACAAACAAAUGUACCUUUUUGUUUUUGUCUUGUACAUUUAUUAUUACUGUAUAUUAUUACUUUAUUUUUCCUCGACACAACUUAAAUAUAAUAUUCUAUUUUUAACCUGUGUCUCAAAUUAUAAUUUCAUCAUUCAACCCGUGUUUCAAAUUACAAUUGUAUCACAUUAUUUUUUACUUAUGUUAUAAUGUUAGUACAUGUAUUUCUGUUGUUGGGCGGUUUUUUAACCCCACCUUUGCAAAUUUAUUGUCAUUUAUUCAAUUAUUUUUGGUUAAUCAAUGUUUGACAUUAAUUUCAUCAUUUGAUCAAAUAUAUUUUAUGAUAAAUUGAAUAAAUGACCUUUCUCACAAACAGAAGUUGUUCUGUCUUUCAUUGCAAAUGAACUCAGACUCACUGGAGAACAUAACUGGUUUGUUUCAUGUUGAAAAAUAAAUGGUAUUUUAUGGAAACAUGAUAUGGAAUGAAAUUUAAAGUUUUCAAGUUAUUGGAAAAAUUUGGGUGACAAAAAACCUAUUUUAUUGUAAAUAAAAACAUUUUUGGCAGCAAAUUUUGUAAUAAGAUACUGUUGUUAUAAUUAUAUACUCAUCAUUGAUAACAUAAAUGAUUAAGGUCUUUAGAUUAGCCACCAGACAUGUAGGUGGGGGGCAUCAUUUAUUGUUGGCAUCUGGUGAAUAAUUACAUGUCAACAGAUGGAAUUUGCAACCUGGCAUUGCAGGGUCACUGUGUAUGCAAUAGCCAUCUUGAUUAAUCCAAUUAGCUAAUUAGCCAAUCAGAUUGAAGGAACCUAUACUGAAAUCUUAUCUUGGUCAGAGGUAUCUCAAUUAUUCACUUUUUUGUUUUAAGAGCUGCUGGACGCACCUAAAUCUUAACAAGAAUUCAAUUUACCCACCCACCAUCACCCGAAAAAUUUAUUUAUAUAAAAUCGGUUGUCAUAAAUUACAAACAAAUGUACCUUUUUGUUUUUGUCUUGUACAUUUAUUAUUACUGUAUAUUAUUACUUUAUUUUUCCUCGACACAACUUAAAUAUAAUAUUCUAUUUUUAACCUGUGUCUCAAAUUAUAAUUUCAUCAUUCAACCCGUGUUUCAAAUUACAAUUGUAUCACAUUAUUUUUUACUUAUGUUAUAAUGUUAGUACAUGUAUUUCUGUUGUUGGGCGGUUUUUUAACCCCACCUUUGCAAAUUUAUUGUCAUUUAUUCAAUUAUUUUUGGUUAAUCAAUGUUUGACAUUAAUUUCAUCAUUUGAUCAAAUAUAUUUUAUGAUAAAUUGAAUAAAUGACCUUUCUCACAAACAGAAGUUGUUCUGUCUUUCAUUGCAAAUGAACUCAGACUCACUGGAGAACAUAACUGGUUUGUUUCAUGUUGAAAAAUAAAUGGUAUUUUAUGGAAACAUGAUAUGGAAUGAAAUUUAAAGUUUUCAAGUUAUUGGAAAAAUUUGGGUGACAAAAAACCUAUUUUAUUGUAAAUAAAAACAUUUUUGGCAGCAAAUUUUGUAAUAAGAUACUGUUGUUAUAAUUAUAUACUCAUCAUUGAUAACAUAAAUGAUUAAGGUCUUUAGAUUAGCCACCAGACAUGUAGGUGGGGGGCAUCAUUUAUUGUUGGCAUCUGGUGAAUAAUUACAUGUCAACAGAUGGAAUUUGCAACCUGGCAUUGCAGGGUCACUGUGUAUGCAAUAGCCAUCUUGAUUAAUCCAAUUAGCUAAUUAGCCAAUCAGAUUGAAGGAACCUAUACUGAAAUCUUAUCUUGGUCAGAGGUAUCUCAAUUAUUCACUUUUUUGUUUUAAGAGCUGCUGGACGCACCUAAAUCUUAACAAGAAUUCAAUUUACCCACCCACCAUCACCCGAAAAAUUUAUUUAUAUAAAAU